ACAGAUAGUCCAAGGCCCUACCAUUAACAUUCGACUGCUUUAGACAUGGCCACCUACCAAAGCUCAUCUUUAUCUUCCUACAAGCUUGGACCUGUGGGUGGUGGGAGAGGAAGAAGUAGCCGACAGUCAGUGUCCUUUUCUAACUAUGCUGCUAGUGGAGCUGGUGGUACCUAUGGGGGUAUUUGCCAAGAUGGGAAUUUUGGAGCUGGUUAUGGUGAGGGAGCUUAUAAUAAUGCAUGUGUGGGACUUGGCUUUGGUGGGUCGGCAGGUUGGGGGGCUGGGUUUGGCGGAGGAGCUGGUUUUGGUAUGGGCCAAGGUAGUGGCUUUGGAGAUAGGCAAGGUCUACUUUCCGUUAAUGAGAAGAUGACCAUGCAGAACCUAAAUGACCGCCUGGCCAAUUACCUUGACAAAGUGCAUGCCCUAGAGGAGGCCAAUGCCGAGCUGGAAAAAAAGAUCAAGGACUGGUACAACAACCAUCGUCCCGCUAGCUCUAAAGCUCCUGACUACGGGGAAUACUUCAAGACUAUUGAUGACCUUCAGAAUAAGAUUAUUGCUGCAUAUGCUAACAACCAUAAAGCGAUCCUCGCUGUUGAUAAUACCCGGCUAACCAUUGAUGACUACAGACUCAAAUAUGAGAAUGAACGGGCCCUUCGCCAGAGUGCGGAGGCUGAUAUCAGUGGUCUGCGUAGAGUCAUGGAUGACCUGACCCUGUGUAAGUCUGACCUGGAAGCCCAAGUUGAGAGCCUCACCGAAGAACUGGCCUAUCUCAAGAAGAACCAUGACGAGGAGGUGAAGGCAAUGCAGGGUCAAGCGACCGGAGCUGUUAAUGUGGAGAUGAACGUAGCUCCGAGUGUCGAUCUCAGCAAAAGCAUGGCCGACAUGAGGGCCGAAUAUGAGAAGCUGGCGGAAAGGUAUCGGCGGGAAGUUGAAGAGCAGUUCCAGGCCAUGACCAAGGAUUUACAGAAGCAAGUUGUUGCCAGCGUUCGGGAGGUCCAGACGUCCAAAUCGGAGAUCACGGAUCUCAGAAACGUGCUCCAAAGUUUGGAGAUAGAACUCCAGUCUCAGCUUAGCAUGAAAGCGGCUCUGGAGGCGUCGCUGGCAGAGACAGAGGGACAGUACUGCGUGAAGUUGUCCCACAUCCAGGAGCUGAUCUUACGUGUGCAAAAUAACAUAUCGGACAUUUGGACUCAAAUGGAGACACAGAGCAGCGAAUACAAGUUACUGUUGGACAUAAAGAGCCAACUGGAGCAGGAGAUUGCCACCUAUCGAGAGCUGCUCGAUGCACAGGACAUCAAUAUUCCUUCAUCUACCGGGUCAUCCAGCUCCUCCUCUUCAACUACUACAAGAAUAUCCACGAACCGCAUCCGCUAGACCAAUAUUUUCCACUUGGAAUAAUUCAGACAAACUGCGUGACACAUCAUCAUCUUCACUGAGCAAAUAUAACAGGGCCUGUACAGAAUUGCUGUUAGGAGAGUCAGUGACACUGCACGUGCUCAGUGGGCUCUGGGCAGCUAUAAAGAACUUUAGCUUAGCGGUAAAGAACAUGGGGGGCUACUGGGGCAUCUUUGGGAGCACAGAUCUUCCCUGCUAAAGGGCUGUGGGUGCCUUGGGCUGUUAUAGAACCCCAAAACAUAAUGUACAACAUUUCUGUUCUACUUCUUUAGUUAGGCUUUAGUUCUCCUUUAAUGCUCUACUGACUUUCCCAACUUAGCAUCUAACUGGGUCAAAUAUUUAAGGGCUUUCAAGGGGCAAAUAUUAUAUAUAUAGAGGCUUUCCUGACUUUUUGGUGCUCAAUAAAUGUUCUACCUGCUGCACA